GACCGUGUGGUAGAUCAAAACCAGCAGUCGACGUUAUAACACGUUGUACGAGUUCGUGAACGCGUAUUUGUGUGUGUGUGUGUGUGUGUGUGUGUGUGUGUGUGUGUGCGCGCGUGCGUGUUCGGGUUAUAAUUUUCGUACGCGAACCGACCGACGACUGGAGGAUCAUGAAUAUUUAAUUGGACCACUGACAAUAUUUAAUUGGAAACAUGAAACUGAGGUUUAUAUUACUUAUAUCACUAUGGAUCUCAACGGCUCGAUCAUCAUACAAAGUCGGUAUUGGUAUUGCCGAUGUCACUGGACCCUCAGCUGGCGUCACUUUUCUGGGAUAUGGUAAAAUGGAACAGACGGGAGAAGGAAUCCACUUGCGACAGUUUUCCAGGGCGUUUGUAGUAGAAGAUUCGACCUCAAGAAUAGCAUUCGUCAGCAUCGAUUCCGCGAUGAUGGGUGAUCAUGUACGAAGCGAUGUGUUGAAAAAAUUGAACGAGAAGCUGCCGGGCAUGUACAACUUGGACAAUCUGAUGCUUUCGUCCACGCACACGCACUCGGUGCCCGGAGGCUAUAUGGUGCAUAUGCUGUUCGACUUGAGUACUUGGGGUUUCGUCCAACAAACCCUGAACAUUUUGGUCCGAGGAAUUACUCUGAGUAUUUUACGCGCUCACGACAAAUUAGACGUCGGACGGAUAUUUGUCAACAAAGGCGAAUUGCACGGGAUAUCGAUAAGCAGAAGCGAACAGUCGUACAUGUUGAAUCCGGAAGCGGAACGCGCGCAGUACAAGCAUAACGUAGACAAGACCAUGGUCCAGUUGGAGUUCCAAAGCGAGUCCGGUGUACCGUUGGGCGUGAUCAGCUGGUACGCGGUGCACGCGACCAGCAUGAACAACAGCAACCGGCUCGUGUCGUCGGACAACGUGGGAUACGCGUCUGUGAUGUUCGAGCAGAAGAUGAACCCCGACAGUCUGAUCGGAAAAGGUAAUUUUGUUGCCGCUUUCGCUUCAUCCAACCUUGGAGACGUGACCCCAAAUGUAAAGGGUCCCAGGUGCCAGAAAACCGGUAGACCGUGCGACGUUCCCGGGCCUUCAUGCAACGCCGACGAUGUUUGCGUGGCUUCCGGGCCGGGUGUCAACAUGAAAGAAAGCACGAAAAUAAUAGCCCGAAGUCUGUUCGACAAAGCAUACGAGUUAAUGACCGGCAAGCCCGUAUUCGAACUGAAGAGCCCAAUCAAGUCGAUACAUCAGUUCGUGGACGUGGCCACACAAGAAGUGAACUACGAGGAUCCUAUCACCGGAAAGACAAUCAAAGGAAAGGGUUGUAAGCCGGCAUUGGGCCAUACGUUCUCAUCGGGAACCAUCGACGGAGCGGGACUGUUCUCUUUCGAGGCCGGGUCUAAGAUUUCCAACAAUCCACUGUGGAAUCUGGUCACAAACUUCGUACCCAAGCCUAGUCCGGAACAGGUGGAAUGCCACGCGGAGAAAUCGAUUUUAAUAUCGACCGGCGAGUUCAACUACCCGUCGGCUUGGUCACCGAAAAUUGUCUCCACCCAGCUGGCCACCAUCGGUCCCGUGGUCAUAGCUUGCGUUCCCGGCGAGUUCACCACCAUGUCGGGAAGGCGCGUUCGGAGGGCCAUCAGCGAAGUACUUUGCGGCGGCGAGUCUCCACAGUGCAUCGUCGUGAUCGCGGGUCUCUGCAACACGUACAGCGAUUACAUAACCACGCCCGAAGAGUACAAGCUACAACGAUACGAGGGAGCGUCUACGCUAUUCGGGCCGUACACGUUGCCCAUCUACCUGAAACAGUACUCGAAGCUGGCCAAAGCGCUGGCCGACGACGUCAGACUGGACCGCGGCCCCGAACCCGCGGACUUGAGAUCCGAAGUGAUGUCGUUGCUGCCAUCCGUCUUGUACGACACGCCCGUUUCCGACUUCAACUUCGGCGAUUGCAUCCAACAACCCCCGUACUCGGCUGCUUGGGGAGACACGGUCAAUGCGAAAUUCGUGGCCGGAAAUCCUAGAAACAACCCGAUGUUAGAAAUGACGUUUUUGACAAUCGAAUAUCUUACAGACGAUUUGAAAUGGGUCGUCAUCGCGACCGAUGCCAAUUGGGAAACCGAAUUCAUUUGGCGAACCACGUCAUGGUUAUGGGCCACCAGUGUGGCGGAAAUAAAAUGGACAAUACCCGAAAACACUCCCACGGGUCUUUACCGUAUUCGACAUUUUGGACAUUUCAAGUAUUUUGGCGGUGGUAGGCUCGGAAGAUACCACGGUGCUUCGGAAACGUUCAAAGUCACAGAGAAAUAAGACUAAUGACCAUUAUGUUCGAUUUUAAUCCUUGAUAUAUUACCAUGGUCGCAGUUUUAUUCUUCCACUUCACACCAUACGAGUGUCUUCGGUAUUAGUUCCUGACAAUAAUAUUAUAUAUAUUAUUAAGAAAUUAUCUUUUCCAAAAGUUGAUUUCAAUUAUGAGGGAAACAUGCUCACGGCGUCGUUAUUACAAUAUAAUAUGAAUAUAACAUAAAUUAUAACAAAUCUGCUAGGUACACGUCGAGAAUAAUAUUCCGUUGUAACCCUAUAUUUAUUAUCGAACAUUUACACUUUAUUAUAAUACCAUACGAAUAUAUAAAAAAAAUAACUCUAUGAAAUUUUAAGAAUAUAU